AUGGAUCAGACUGUCAAACCACCAGACCCGAAUCGCAAAGUAAAGGGAGACCGCAUUGAAGACCCGGUGUGGACUCCCCCUGUUCCGCCCCCAAUGGCGACGAUCCAGGAUGACGAUGAACUGCUGCUGGCUCGAAUUGGAUACAAACAGGAACUGCAACGAGAAUUCUCGAAAUGGUCCACCAUCUCGUAUGCCAUCUCCAUCCUAGGGGUACUCGGCUCCGUGCCAGCAACCUUCGGCUCGCCGUUAUCGGUCGGUGGCCCGGCCACGGCUGUAUGGUGCUGGUUGAUCGGCUCCUGCAUGGCGAUGUGUAUCGGCAGCUCCGUAGCGGAGUUGGUCUCGGCCUAUCCAACUGCCGGCGGCAUGUACUUUGUCACCAAGCAUGUAGUUCCCGCCGAUCAGGUUCCGAUCUUCUCGUGGAUCCAGGGUUGGUGCAAUCUGCUUGGCCAGACGGCGGGUGUCUCGAGUGUGGCGUAUACCGUUAGCCAGAUGCUGCUGGCCGGCGUCAGUAUGAACUCGGAUCUGGUAAACGGCCAGUAUUCAUAUUCGCCGUUCGCAAUUACCUCUUCAAUAGCCAAUUCCCCCGCUAACGACCGCAUUACAGACGGUGUUGGUGUCGAUUGGGAUGCUGUGCAUUAUUGGCGUGAUUUGCUCGCUGACUACGAAAACCCUGCAUCGAAUCAUUCUCUGGUUCGCCCCGAUCAACAGUAUGUAUCCGCGACCAUCUGCAUCUGCAUUGCAUUGGUGUAUCUCACCCCAGAUAAACAACCGGCCUCGUGGGUCUUUACCCACUUCACUGACGGGUCCGGAUGGGGCUCCAAAGUAUUUUCCUUUUUCUUAGGCUUCUUGUCGGUUGCUUGGACUAUGACGGACUAUGAUGGGACCACCCACAUGUCCGAGGAAACCCACGAUGCCGCUGUGAGAGGACCAGUCGCCAUCAAGACCGCCGUAUUGGUCUCUGGAGCAUUUGGCUGGAUGUUGACUGUCUGCAUGUGCUUCUGCUUGACCGAGUUCGAUGAGAUCCUGAAUUCCCCAACUGGCCUCCCCGCCGCACAAAUUUUCCUAAACGCCGGCGGAAAGGCAGGUGGCACCACCAUGUGGGCAUUUGCUAUCUUGGUGCAAUUCUUCACAGGCUGUUCAGCCAUGCUGGCGGAUACAAGGAUGGCAUACGCCUUUGCCAGAGAUGAUGCGCUGCCCUUCUCCCGUUUCCUAUCCGAGGUUAACCCUUAUACCCACACACCCGUUAACGCUGUGUGGUUUGUGGUGUUCUUCAGCUGCUGUCUCAACUGCAUCGCCAUCGGCUCCACAGAGACCGCUACAGCUAUCUUCAGUGUCACGGCCCCGGCACUCGACCUGUCUUAUGUGUCUGUCAUUCUAGCUCACCAGAUAUACAAGAAAAAAGUAAAGUUCAUCGAAGGCCCUUUCACACUCGGCAGAUGGGGUACUUUGAUCAACUACAUCGCUGUCAUAUGGGUGUUGUUUAUCAGCACUAUCCUGUUCUUCCCUUCUCAACUACCAGUGACACCAGCAAACAUGAACUAUGCCAUCUGUGUCGCUGCUUUUAUUUCUAUAUUUGCCCUGGUCUGGUGGUGGGUUGAUGCUAGAGGAAAAUACACCGGCCCCCAAACAAAUAAUAUCAUUCAUGAGAUUCCCUCUGAGGACGGAACCGACUACGAAGAACCUGAUGAGAUCACUGUUUAG